AAAAUCAUGAUAAUUAAUUAUCAAAUACUUUUCGAUUCCUCGAUCACAAACAUUUACGUACGGUCGAUCACGUCAAUGAUUUUUAGUGGCACAAUAUGUGUUGUGUGCGGCGACUCUUUCUGUUCCCAUGACUCCAGGCCGUAAGCACUUUUAUUACCGCGCCGCUCACUACGCAUCGCUGUACUCCGCCGUAGUGGUGGUGCACGACUGCACGUAAUCACGCGUCGAAUACGCGAGCUACGCCUCGACAUGCGGCGUACUCGCCGCGGACUCUGAUCCUUCGUCGAUCACGUCCACGCGGUAAUCUCACCGAUAAUUUGUGGCAAAGAUACGCGCCACAUUAUUUACGUCGCGUGCUUCUCUUUCCCAUACAAAGACCGAAUAAAAAGGUAAAAACCGACUCAUUGUUCCUCGAUCACGAUGGUGAAGUACUAUGAGAACACCACGAUCUUCAAGUUUGAUUGGACCCAGGUCGUUCGGGGAUUCUUUCAGAGAUAUCCCAAUCCGCACAGUACGCAUGUUCUCAGCGAGGACACGUUCUCGAGGGAAGUCAAGAAUGGGAUGCUCUACUCCAAGCGACUACUGACGAAGACCAACCGAGUGCCGAAAUGGGGUGAAAGAUUCAUCAGUAAAAACAUUGUCAAAAUCGUGGAGGAGAGCAUUGUCGAUCCUGAGGCAAAGACUUUGACCACCUACACAAGGAAUUUGGGAUAUACCAAAGUCAUGACUAUUGUCGAAAAAGUGGUUUACCAGAUUUCCGAUGAAAAUCCAGACUGGACGGUUGCAAAAAGAUCUGCGUGGAUUGACAGUCAAGUGUUUGGUUUCAGCAGGGCAAUUCAAGCCUUUGGCUUAGAUCGAUUUAAAAAGAAUUGCGUCAAAAUGUCGGAGGGCUUUAAUUAUGUCCUCGCAAAUAUGUUUCCCCAUACGUCGCAGUUUCUAAAUCCAACGCUGCCUCAGACAAGCUUUUCCAUGCAGACUGGCCACAGCGCUGGGGACGACAACGUUACGACAAAGUCGCCGAGCCUUGCGGAGGAUUUACAGCAUUCUUUGCAGGGUAAAGCAGAGAAGAUGAAAGACGCCGCUAAGAAAGCCACGGACUUGGCAAAGGAGAAAGCGAGACCGAUAUACGCAGCUUGUCAACCAAACCAAUCGUAAAUUUCCGUAAAUGCAAGGCGCAAACAACUGUAUCAUUGAAUGUGAAUAUCGUUUAGCAAUUGAAAAUAAUCACGAAUAACUUUAUAUUAUUGUGAUAUAGCUUAAACGAAACGAUGGUAAAAACUUUUAGAGAGACUAGAGUUCGAGAAUACAGUUGUAAUUGUUGCAGUUGUACAUUAAUUAAUUGGCACAGUUUGAUGACAAUUAGUGCAGAGAGAAUUAAGAAGUUCGUUGAAAGUUGAGAUGUGUUAGGCUUGAUAGUACAACGUGUUUUCAGAAUGUCGUAACAUUUACAUACACGUAAAAUUUGCUGAAGAUACUCUCGCGUCUGAUCCAUUUGUAUAUGUUACCAUUCCUUUUAACUGCCAAAUUGUUAAACGUGCUAUCAAAUGUGAUACAUAUAUAUGCAUGCAUAGAGAUGCGCAUCAAAUAACUCAUUUUUUUUAUACAUGCAGGAAACAUUUUCUAUUGUUUUUAUAAUUAUCAAAAUAUCAUCUCAAAAAGCAUUUUGAUAUGUUUGUCAACGUAUAUUGCAGCGUUCAUUCGCGCAUUCCGUGCAUAUCGCGCAUACCUAAAGCUUGCAAUUGAUAAUGACAAGAAACAGCAUUUCGUAUGCAGUUAUUAAUGCCGAUGAAAGUAAUUACGUACGUUACAAAUAUACAUUCAAAUGGAUAAUUUUACAAUAAAUUAUCUUUUUCUUUGUUAAUGUAAUAUAGUUUCUAGAUGUUCCGCGUCAGCACGGACACUGUAUUGACCAAUGAAAAUUACUAAAAGACGAUUUCAUAUUAUUAUUGUCUUUGAAUAACUUCAGCAUUAGUUGCCAUAUAUUUCUAAAAAUAAUUAGAAUUGUGAUUUAAAAUUAUUGUACAGUAUUUUUGUAUUUUAAAUAAAUAUCUUCCUUUGGAGCUGUUAUUAAACAAUGAAGUUUAAAUUAUUAAUGAAUAAAUAAUAACUUUGGCAACUAAAUUAAAUCAAAUUUUUACAAAUGUACUUUUACACGUAUUUAAAUAAAGUUUAAACUGUAACCUUUUUAAGUUAAAAAUCUAAAUUUUGUUAUUAAAAAAUUGUUUUAUUUAUAACCUUCGUGCAAUCUAAGAAUAAGCGAUAUUAAUAUGUAUCUGAAAAUACUGUAUAAUUUCUAAAUAUACAUUAAUAUUUAUAAAUAAAAUUUGAAUGAGCAAUGUAAUAUAGGACACGUUCCAUUUAAUGCUCAUUACUUGUCCUUAUUUAAUGUUUAACAAUAAGGAUAAAAUAAUUUUCAGAGCAUCGCGGGUGUUAGGUGGAACGCACCUAUAAUAAAAUUAUGAAAACUAAUAGUCUUGUUUACAAAAUUUGAGUGUCUCGAAUACAUUGUAUAGAUGUAAUCUUUCUUUUUAUCUGUCAUACAUAUUAAAACAAAGAAACUGAAAAUAUUUAAGAUUAGCAUAGCGUAGCGUUAAAUGAACAGCAUCCUUUAAUAUGUACUUAAAAUAAUAUUCGUGAGAAUAUAUAUCUAAAUAAAUAUAAUGAUUUUUAAGAAUA